UACCUACUCAAAUAAUUUGAAGGAUCUACGUUCUCAUGCUUUCAAGCUACACUUCAUUUCAGGUGCAGAAAAAGCCACUUGCAACCUUUAUUUGUUUUUGAUUUUGUGAUGGCUGGUAAAAAUUAUUUCACAUCUCUUCACUUAAUAAAACAAUGUUUUCUGAGACAUGGUUCCCAUGCUUCAAGCAUGAGAGUAACAAGAAAGACUCCAAAGAUGUGUAUUCAAUAUAUUUGUAACAGCAGGGCAAGUUUUCACAGCUCUUCAGUAGCAUGUGGCAUGGAAGAAUUUUUUGACCAGCCCGAAAAUUGGGGCAAGCGAGAAAUUAAAGUCGGGCGUGCUUGGAGAGUUGGAGAGCUCCGAAUCAAGAGCAAUGAGGAUCUACAUAAACUAUGGUACGUGCUGCUGAAAGAACAAAAUAUGCUUCUGGCUCUGGAGUAUGCCUGCAAGCAAGAGCAUCAUCUCUUCCCCAAUCCUGAGAGAUUGGACAAGGUUGCAGAGAGCAUGAGCAACAUAGAGACAGUUGUGAAGGAGAGGAACAAGGCCUACAUGAUGCUGGAGACGGGAGAGACAGGAGACAGACCUGGGGGCAAAGUUAAAGAUAUUUACGGUCGUUUUGAGUAUCGGGACUUCCAAGAGUGCCACGUGCCUGAAGAACUGAACCCCGUGUACGAGAAGUACCACUACAUCCCACACCCGGAGCUGGACCGCCUCAACCUCCUCUACUCGGAAAAACUUCGACGAGAGGAAACUUACAGGAAAAAUGAGAAACGACGGUACCUGCAGCGGCUGUUCCAGAAGUUCCCGAACAUGGACGUGGAGAUGCUAAAGGAACGAUACCCAGACAUCGAUAUCGAAGAGAUCCGGGACAGCCCCCGGUCUAUUGGCCAUCACGACAACAACAGAGCGUGAUGUGUCAUCUAGCUGGCGUUACAGAGUGUGACGUGUCAUCUAGCUGGCGUUACAGAGCGUGACGUGUCAUCUAGCUGGCGUUACAGAGCGUGACGUGUCAUCUAGCUGACGUUAAAGAGCGUGACGUUUCAUCUAGCUGGCGUUACAGAGUUUGACGUGUCAUCUAGCUGGCGUUACAGAGCGUGAUGUGUCAUCUAGCUGGCGUUACAGAGCGUGACGUAUCAUCUAGCUGGCGUUACAGAGCGUGACGUGUCAUCUAGCUGGCGUUACAGAGUGUGACGUAUCAUCUAGCUGGCGUUACAGAGUGUGACGUGUCAUUUAGCUGCUUAAAGUUAAAUUUUUUCUUUCAAAGAAUCCAUUUCACCCUCUCAUAAAUAAAUUGCAACCCUCACUUAUCAUGAUGACAUCAUGUACUUGGGCUGCUGCUUCAUCUUACCCGCUGUUGAUGUGAUUGGGAAAUGUAGUUACUGUAAAUAAAAUGGACAACUGAA